GUAUGAUAAAUCCGUUAGUUACCGUGUGCCUUGCAGAAUCCAACCGAAUCGCCAAUUUUGGAGAUCCUUUGCCGGUCAACAACCCACGCUCAACAAACAAUGUACGAGGUCGGGCACCAUCUCGUCCCAAAGUCGUGGAUAUCCCUCGCGCAGCACCAAGAAUAUUUACAUAUGAAGAAUUAGAAUUGGCGACAGAUGGAUUCUCAAAGUCAAAAAAAGUCGGGGAAGGUGGUUUUGGCACUGUCUAUCAAGGAGUCCUCAAUAAUGAAUUUGUUGCAGUUAAGAAGCCGAGAUCUGGAGCCAACCAGGGAAAACAGCAGCUCCAGACUGAAAUCCAGGUCAUUAGCCAAGCCCGUCACAGACAUAUUGUUUCCCUCGUCGGAUACUACAUUGAUGAGGAUGAAGAACGUGGGAAGGACAUGUUGCUUGCUUAUGAGUUCAUCCCAAAUGGUUCAUUACACUCCCACCUGCAUGGAAAAGGCACAAAAAUUAUAGACUGGGAAACAAGGAUGAAGAUUGCUAUUGGAUCUGCAAAAGGAUUCGCAUAUCUUCAUGAGGGCUGUAAACCCAAAAUCAUGCACGGUGACAUCAAACCCCAUAACAUUCUUCUUCUUGAUGAUUUUCAGCCAAAGAUAGCAGACUUUGGACUUGCACAGCUUCUAUCUGACAGUGUUACCCACGUCUCUAUGUCGCAAGCCCAGGGAACCGUGGGAUAUUUAGCUCCAGAGUACUUUGAAGGGAAACUCAGUGAGAAGUCAGAUGUCUACGCCUUUGGUGUUGUACUUUUAGGGAUGAUUACAGGACGACAACCUUGUGACUUCAGAGGGGCCUUGGUUAAAUGGGCAACUCCUCGACUCAUCGCAGCCUUGGAAUCGAGAAACUUUGAGGCUCUUGCUGAUCCAAGGUUGCAGAAUCAUUACGACCCGGAAGAGAUGUUUCGGAUGGUUUCUUGUGCUGCCAAUUGCGUUUGCGUUUCACCCGCGGCUCGUCCACGAAUGAGCAAGGUGGUUCAAGCUUUGGAAGGAGCGAUUGUCCUGGAUAAUCAUCUCGCGGAGGAAGCCGCUUCAAGACUUCAACCGCAAGCAUCCAUGGAGGCUAAGAGAGAGAUGGCGCUGGUGACAAUCUGA